AUGCUCAACCUGCAUCCAUCUCCCGUUCUCGCAGCGGCUAUCCUCUCACUGCUCACCACUCCGGUCCUCGGCGUGGACACUUGCAGUACCGAUGCCUCUCGCUGGGAUUACUGGUGGUAUGGCAGCGGCCCGCGCUACAACUGUGCUGAACACAACGUCUGCCACAUAUCCCAUAUCGACCAAAGGACAAUCGGGUGGUCCGUCACCCAAGGCGGCUCCCUGGGCUUUAAUCUGGCCAAGUCGGCAGCACUUGGUUUCCAGAGCAGCUACACCUGGAGCGAGAGCACGACGACUGGUACCACCUACAGCGUGGACUACUAUCCGCCAGAGACGGAGAGGCUGUGGAUCAAGCAGUGGUUCGCUGUGCUCGAUAUGACGUGCCAGAGUUGCGAUUGGGUGUGCUAUCCCAUGGGUCAGAGCGUGGACAAUGAGACGGACACUGGCUUGAACGUUGGCGGUCAGCACUGCGACCGCGCAUGCGACCCCCAUAGACAUGUCAUCGCGUGGGUGCCAUGCCGUGAUUCAUCUUGCACCGAGUACCAAUUCAGCAAUGCGGAUGCCCAGUGCGACCAUUCGAACCAUUGCCAGCAAAACUGA